AUGUCGUUCAGUCAAGCUUCCAACUCUCAAAACAGUUUAGCGAAUGGUCGCAACGGUCACCGCCCUGACUACCAUGACUCUGGCUCUGUGGUCGGCUAUAUUCCAGACGAUGUUUCCUCCGUCCACGGCUCCUCCGUUGGUGGUGUUGGACUUCCCUCUGGCUACCCUCCUAUGUUCCAGAACUUUGGUGAGGGCUGGCCUGCUGUUUCUGGCAACCGCCGGGCUAAUGGUGGCCGUGCCAAAGGAGCACCAAGUGUGGCUGGAGAGUCAGUUGCCGCUACCGAAUCGGAUGUCACCAGCAGUGUCGCUGAUGGCCGAAGCGUCGAUCAGGGCGGCGUCAGUCUUGCUGGUCUCAGCAUCAAUGACAUGAACAAGCAGCCCAGUCUUAGCCAGUCCGACAGACUGAAGCGCUACGUCGAAUCUGGUGGGCGUGAGCCUUACCGCGCCGGUGUUCCCGACAACGGGAGUAUUUUCGGAGGCAGCUCUGCUAGCAUUCGCGUUACUCGUGGUGUUCCUGGUCAAAUCCCUCACGACGAUGACGACGCUCGUAGUGUCUCCACUGCGUUUGCCAGCCAGGUCGGUGGAAACUAUGACUGA